UGAAAUUCCUGCUUGUGGCCUUUUGAACCAGUUGGAGUACGAAGCACGAACAGGGAGGACCUGUAAACCACCACUUCAGUCUUCAAGACGUAAGAAUUUUGAAUUUGAGCCACUUUCUACCACUGCCCUGAUUCUUGAAGAUCGGCCAUCAAAUCUUCCUGCCAAAUCUGUGGAAGAAGCUUUACGUCACCGACAAGAGUAUGAUGAAAUGGUGGCUGAGGCUAAAAAACGAGAAAUUAAAGAAGCCUAUAAAAGGAAAAAAAUAAUGAAAGAACGAUUUAAACAGGAAGAAAAUAUCGCAAGUGCAAUGGUAAUUUGGAUCAAUGAAAUACUGCCCAAUUGGGAAGUAAUGCGUAGUACGAGAAGAGUUCGAGAAUUGUGGUGGCAGGGGUUGCCCCCUAGUGUUCGUGGGAAAGUUUGGAGUCUAGCUGUAGGAAAUGAACUAAAUAUCACUCCUGAACUUUAUGAAAUCUUUCUCUCGAGAGCAAAAGAACGGUGGAAAAGCUUUAGUGAAACAAGUUCAGAGAAUGAUACAGAAGGUAUAUCUGUUGCUGAUCGGGAGGCCAGUCUGGAAUUAAUUAAGUUGGACAUAUCCCGCACAUUUCCAUCCCUUUACAUCUUUCAGAAGGGUGGUCCAUAUCAUGAUGUCUUACAUAGUAUCUUAGGGGCAUAUACGUGUUACAGACCUGAUGUUGGUUAUGUCCAAGGGAUGUCCUUCAUAGCAGCAGUUCUCAUUCUCAAUUUGGAAGAGGCAGACGCCUUCAUUGCAUUUGCAAACCUCCUCAAUAAGCCAUGCCAGUUGGCCUUUUUUCGUGUGGAUCACAGCAUGAUGUUGAAAUAUUUUGCAACGUUUGAAGUAUUUUUUGAAGAAAAUCUCUCCAAACUAUUUCUUCAUUUCAAGUCUUAUAGUCUUACACCAGACAUAUACUUGAUAGACUGGAUCUUCACACUGUAUAGCAAAUCACUACCACUUGAUCUGGCCUGUCGAGUUUGGGAUGUAUUUUGCAGAGAUGGGGAGGAAUUUUUAUUUAGGACUGGAUUAGGAAUCCUCCGAUUAUAUGAAGAUAUUCUCCUACAAAUGGACUUUAUUCAUAUAGCACAGUUCCUAACUAAAUUGCCAGAAGAUAUCACAUCAGAAAAGCUGUUCAGCUGUAUUGCAGCCAUUCAGAUGCAGAAUAGCACCAAAAAAUGGACUCAGGUCUUUGCCUCUGUAAUGAAGGAUAUUAAAGAAGGAGACAAGAAUAAUAGUCCUGCUUUGAAAAGCUAAUCUUCAAAGUUAAGACUAAUUGAAAUAUAAAAGAUUUUUUUUUUGAUAAAAGUUUUUUGUUUUCUAUGUAAAAAGCAUGGAAGAAAAUGUUGGAGAAAUCUGAAAGAAUCAAGACAUGGGAAACUGCUGAUUUUGAAGUCUAUGGCUGAAGUUAAGGAGAUGAGUAACCGAUUGACAGUAUUAAUAAAAAAGUAUUUUGUAGAGAGAGCCAUUUUACAAAGGAAAAAGUUUAAAUGGCUAGUUCCUACUCCAUAAUUUGGAGUGAAUGGUUUAAUGCAAUAAACUUUUUUAAUAGCUUUGGAGAUUAUUCAAAUUUUUACAUCUUUUCUUUCUUAACAGUUACCAUAAAAGCACUUUGGAGGUCAGAGCAGAUUCUUAAAUACUACUUUAACUUCCAAAAUAUUGUUUGAAAUAAACACCUUAGUAUAAAUGUUAUCUCCAGGUCCAACCUUUUGAAGAUAUUAGAGACCAAGAAUAAGCAACUUUGAUUAUAAAUUACUUACGUCACUGAAGUUGUUACCUUCACUCACAGGCUAGGGGAAAUUUGGGUUUUCUGGGAACUGGAAGUACGGGUGGGAGCUUGCUUCACACUCGAUUAUUUGUUUUUCCACAAUAUCUUGUCUGUUUCUGAAGGGAAUUUGUUUCUUAAGGAAUUCCUGUCACUCAAAGAAUUUUAGUCUUUUCUGUUUCUAGUCUAAGAAAUUGUUCAUCUAGUAAUUUAAGAAAGCUAACUGAUAGAAGGAAAGUUCUUUGCACUUUAGUGGACUGAAGACUUGAUUUUGGAAGUAAGUCCAUAAAUAUAAAUGAGAUUUUUCACUGUUAAGAGUAAAACAUAUGAAUUCUGAGAGUUCUUAAAUAGCAUGCUACUUGGCAAGACGUUAAAUUUUUUAGUUGAAAUUCUUCACUGUCUGUAGAAACAAAAUUUAAUUCAGUUUUAAAUUUGAAAUCUUAAUAUGUAGCCAAGUCUAUGACUUGUAAAACACUGUGCAUAAUUUUCUAAUCAAUGGAAAUUUAAAAAAAGAAAGAAGUAAUUUUUUUCUAAUGAGUCUAACUUUGAUCAUAUAGUAGAUAAAGAAAUUAUUAAUUAUUGGUAAAUUGAUAUGAAAUUUAUUAUAAUGUUUAAUCCUUGAACCUAAAUCACUUGAGUAUUAUAAGUGAUGUCUGUAUAACAUUCUCUUUGAUUAAUAAUUAGAUGUACAGUGUGCUUUUAUGUUGCAGUUUGGUUUAAAACAACACUUAAGCAUACUAUUUCUGGUAGUGGUAUAUAGUCUUCAAACUAACAAGCCUGAGAACCUUGUUAGUUCAGUGACUGCCUCUUUAGGAGUAUGGGACCAGAUGGUGUCCAUAUAUUUUUACCCCAUGGGUCAUUCUAGCCUAGGGACCACUAGUGGAACCCUCAGAAGUUAACUCCUAUCUUAGGAGCUUACUUAGUGGAAACUAGUAGUGUAAUAAAUAUUGAGGGAGUAUCCAGGGUCUUAAUAGGUUUUAGAAUGACAUUUUAACUCUGGUAACUACUUCCUUGGUAUUGGUGACACUGAUAAGAGGGAAUGUAACCCCUGGCAGUAAUCUCAUUGAAGUUAUACUACCUGCCUAAAUUUAAUCUUACUUUUGUGUAUUUGUUUCCUGAGUUUGACCUCAAUUACUGUAUUACUUUUUCUCAUUUUUAUUACUGUACAGUUUCUUUACCUUUUGAAUAUAAAUGUGUAUAUAAAAUGUAAAUACAAGGAAUUCACUAAAAACCACUAUUAAUAAUUACUGUGUAAAUAAAACUUGUAAGCAGAGUAA